GCUGGAUUUUGACAUUUGCGCGACUGUGCCUUGUCUGGUACACGUGGUCACCAACGCAGUGGCCACUUGUUUGACAACUGGCUAAAGUGCUGCGUAGUCUUCGUUGAGUAUUUUCAUGUGCUUGCAGAAACAAAUGUAAGAUUUUCAAUCUGUGAACAAUGGCCACCAGACUUGAAGAGAAGGACAGCGCCAGUAGACAGUAUGCAAUGUUAAGUGAGUCUUUGGAGUUGCAGCACACACAAGUACAGACCCAGGUCAGUUGACGGGAAAGUCUAGGAACCAGUCCACUGCUGCGAAUAAGUUGGAUGCUAAAGCCGAAAUUCUUAUUUUUGGCGAAGGUGGAUGCUGAGGUUGGAAACAGAGUGGUGACCGAGGAGCAAGGCUGUGUGGGUUGACAGACCUUGUCCUCCAGACAAUGGCUCACGGGACUAUGGCAUCUGACCCUCCGCUGGAUCGUAAAGGAAGUAACCUUGCUCUUGGCCAGCGCUCUGAACGAGACGACCAGGAGGGAGCGCUCGUCCUCUUCGAGACCCUUGCACAGGUUGAACCCGACUUUAAGGUUCAAAAACGACUUCCGAUUGCUGGAAGUGGGUCAGGACAAGAUGGCGGUGAUUUCGAUCGAAAGCAGAUGCUUCCCAGCAGCAGUCGAGUAAAAGAAGGGUUUGAGGAGAACUGGUCAUCAGGUCUGGAAGAUCGAUUCCUGGUGGGACCUAGUGAAGAGAGGGGUAGAGCAGCCGUCGUCUCCUUUGAGGGAGAGGACUACUUCAACGAGGCACUUGGACAGGAAGAAAUAGAAAUGGAAACACUGCAUCAUUACUCCGUCAGGCAAGAUUCCUACAUGAUGGCGCUAGCAACAGAAAGAGAUCAACUUCCUGAGCAACACGAGCUCAGAACUGUGUCCAUGCUGACAGGCAGAAGUAGGAAAGCAGGCAUGGGGAGACCACUCUCGCAACAUGAAAUGGCGAUAAGUGUCGAUGACUUAGUUGAGAGGUCAACUGGGUGGGUGAGGUUAGAAGACUGGAGGUGGAAGAGCCGCCGGGUGAGGUGCGUGUGUCUAACGACUUUGGUCACGUGUUCCCUGCUCCUGCUCGUGACGCUGCUUCCUGCUGGCCUCGUCUACGUCGAGUAUUAUGAGAUGGCGCUGUUGAGAAACACAAUCAGCGGGAGAGUGGACCGACAGAGGACCUACUACCCUGGGUGCUACUUGCUCGUCCCGGGGUCAGAGCUGAUUCGGUUCCGGGGCACGGCGCACACGCUGGACCUUACCAUGGAAGUUAGGACUUCAGACAGUCUGGCCCUUAACCUCACACUGUCCUUACAAUACUUCAUCAAUGGGGAGGAGCUUGGUGUCCUGCACAGCGAGUACGAGCACGAGUACGAAGACGUAGUCAGAAGUGUGGUGGUGGCGCAGACCCGAGUCACGGCCGUUCACUUCAGCCUGCGAGACUUCUGGUGGCAGAGGGCUGUUGUGGAGCGAGCCUUCUACACUCACCUUUCUAACAAACUACAAGGAGACUGCUGUCCGUCUGUCUGCCCCAUGAGAUGGUCAGGCCACGGCAAAAACUGCAGCACGUGCAGCCUGCAGCCAUUUUGUGAACGUGGUUUUCACGUGAUCCUACGGCCGGAGCACGUCCAGAUGGGUGAUCUCCAGCUCCCUAGGGACUCAGCUGACAUUUUCUUGAAACUAGCUCUGCUUCAGAUUGAAACAGAGAAGGAAGAUUUAUUCAGCAGAUGAAAGUUGAAACUAAACUUAACGAAAGGUUGACUCAGAUGACCUAUAACGAAGCGCGUGAGAUCCGCGCGCACGCUGCAGCCAGGAGCCAGGAGGUCGAUGCUGCAGCACGUGCCUUCUCCGAGCAGCGCGUGCAGGGAUUCCGCGUGGCGGCGCUGCGAGCUCUGUGCCAGCAAGUGAACGUCACUCGAGAGGACCACAGACUGUCGCUCUUCCUAAUGCUCGUUUUCCUGGACAACAGCGACAACUUGUUCCUGGCAGGCCACAGGGCUUCAGCAGGAGGCACUUGGCAGCCCCUGGAGCAGCCUGGCGCGUGGCUUGUGUGGACCCUGCCUCGUCCUCCGCCAUAAGGCCACCGAGUAUUUGCGCAACCUGCUUGCUCUUGACGAUCCUGUGACCGUCACGCACCCUAAUGAAAGAAACCCUGUCCCUGAGAGGUGACGUAUGGAAGUAAUAAUAAACAAACCCCAACCACUUCCCUCCCAAAAACACCAAGAAAUCAAGAUGUCCAGAACUACUGUUUUCUCACCAAAGUGAGGUCCUGCAGUUUUGUGGGUAGCGCGCUCGACUUGAGAGCAGACAAGAGUGCUAGAUCGAGGUUUGUUUGGGUCACGAGGACACGAAAACUACAUCCAUGAUGGGUACAUGGUGUAUUAUGGAAGGAAAGGGCAACAGAGGUAGAAAGUCAGUGAUUUUAUAUGCCGUGAUCGAGACACGGGAAACAAUUUCUGCUUAGUUCCCCUAUGACCAUUAUGUUUUGAGACCGGAACUUUACCAAACAGAUUUCGAUCAUGAAAAUUUAACUGUAUUUUUUAAAACUGAAAUCAUACUUGAUUUGAACUUUCAAAGGUUGGAGAAUUAAAUUUCAAUAGCAAAUGCGAGUAGCAAUUUUUUUUAUUGGAACCAUAUUGUGGUAAACGAAUGGAAUGCCAGAAUAAGAAAUAUUCCAAAAAUAGAUUGUAUACACUUUAAGUAUAUAAGUAUAUAAACUAUAACUUUGUAUAUUUUAGAGGAUCAAGAGGUGUGAGUAUCUUUGAUUAAUGGGACAAACCAUCCACAAAAGACUAAAAAAUUAAUUGAGGCUUCCAAGUAACCAUGACAACUUGGUCUCACUGGCUGUGAGAAAAAUGGAACGCGACCUGACAUUUUUCAGACUAAAUCUUAAUUUCUUCUAUCCUAUGUACAGAACAGACAAAUUUGAUCAUUUGAAUGUAUUUUCUUGGACAAUGAGAGGCCGCACGGAUAAACAGAUCAAGGGCAAGAGUGAAAUUCCACCAAGCGUGCAACCGGUGUUGAUGAGGCAUGGCGGGUAGCUACCCAGCAUUUUGACUGCUGAUGAUAGAAUGCAGAUCGACAAUUCACCCGAGGACAACCUUAAGUGCAGUGCUCUAGACAUUGAAGGAAAAAUCAGUCACCAUGCAGUCCAUUUCAUAAAGGUUUCUUGCUUCUGCUACCUGAAGAAAUCAAUGACUAUAAAAACUUUCCUACUCCAUUUUCUAACAGCCAACGGUUUAUAAGUUUAUAUGCUACACAUAAUUCUGUGAGGGCAGAAAUCUGUUAUAGUAUACUUAUGGAGAUGGUGAA